CAUCUCGUGAAGAAAACAUUCACGUGUUGUCUCUACCUAGUUACCGGAGUAGAGCGAAAAUGCGGGAUAAAAAGGUUAAAGAGAAGAAAAAUAUAACCGAUGACCCAGUGAAGAAUUUUGAGAAAUGGAAAAAGAAGUAUGCCAAAACGAAAACCAAAGUCAAGCGAGCUCAGAAAAGCACCGUGAAGAAACGCGACUGGGAGGUGGAGAGGGAAAACAUAAAGAAACUGGUGGAUAAAUACUCCGAGAUCAAUCCCAAAGAGGCGGUGAAGUUCUCUGAUUUUCCACUGUCAAAAAAGACCCUAAAAGGUCUUCUCGAAGCUCAGUACAGGCAGCCUACGGAGAUUCAGAGACAGACCAUUGGCUUUGCUUUGCAAGGCAGAGAUGUUCUGGGUGCUGCAAAGACCGGCUCUGGAAAGACUUUGGCCUUUCUCAUCCCAGUGUUGGAGUGUUUGUAUCGUGAACAGUGGACUGCGAUGGAUGGCCUCGGCGCUCUCAUCAUCUCUCCCACACGAGAGCUGGCCUAUCAGACCUUUGAGGUGUUGAGGAAGAUCGGCAAGAACCAUGAGUUUUCUGCUGGGCUUGUGAUCGGUGGAAAGGAUCUGAAAGAUGAAUCUGAAAAGAUCCAUCGCACAAAUAUCAUUAUCUGCACACCAGGACGUUUGCUGCAGCACAUGGAUGAAACGGCAACCUUUCAUGCAUCAGAUCUACAUAUGCUUGUACUGGAUGAAGCUGACAGGAUUCUGGACAUGGGUUUCGCAGACACACUUAAUGCUAUUGUUGAAAACCUCCCGAAAUCUCGACAGACACUUCUCUUCUCCGCCACUCAAACCAGGUCUGUCAAAGAUCUGGCACGAUUGAGCUUGAAGGACCCUGAGUAUGUGUGGGUCCACGAGCAGGCCAAGUUCAGUACUCCAGCCACCCUCGAGCAGAACUACGUGGUCUGUGAGCUGCACCAGAAAGUCAACAUGCUCUACUCAUUUUUGAGGAGUCACCUUCAGAAAAAGAUCAUAGUGUUUUUUGCAUGCUGCAAAGAGGUUCAGUAUCUGUUUCGCAUCUUCUGUCGCUUGCGUCCAGGUAUUUCUGUGCUUGCUUUGCAUGGUAAACAGCAACAGAUGAAAAGGGUGGAGGUUUACAAUGACUUUGUCCGCAAGACCUCUGCAGUCCUCUUUGCAACAGAUAUCGCUGCCAGAGGACUUGACUUUCCUGCUGUAAACUGGGUGCUUCAGUUUGACUGUCCUGAAGAUGCAAACACAUACAUUCACAGAGUUGGCAGAACAGCAAGGUAUAAAGAGGGAGGCGAGGCUCUUCUUGUCCUGUUGCCUUCGGAGGAGAAGGGCAUGAUUUCACAACUUCAAGAGAAAAAAGUUCCCAUUAAUCAAAUCCAGGUGAACCCAGAGAAGUUGAUGUCAGUUCAGCAGAAGUUGGAGGCCUUCCUUGCGCAGGAAAAAGAGCAGAAAGAGCGAGCACAGAGGUGUUUCGUGUCCUACCUCCGCUCCGUCUAUCUGAUGAAGAACAAAGAUGUCUUUGAUGUGUUACAGCUCAAACUCCCUGAAUAUGCCAUGUCUCUGGGCUUGGCGGUGGCACCACGGGUCCGUUUCCUCCUAAAGGCCCAGCAGCAGAGGAGCACAGCAGCACAGGACGACAGCAGCACUGCAGGACAUCAGUCUGGAGAUGAGCUGCAGAGUUUCACAGCUCAACUCAAACAACAGAAGACCAAAUCUGAACCCUCACAAUCUGAAGAAGAGGAAGAUGAUGAUGAUGAUGACGAUGAUGAAGGGGAUGAUGAUGACGAAGAUAUUAAGGACCAGGAUUCAUUAAAGCCUGUUUCGCUACUCUUUGGCUUUAAUGAAGAGGAUGAUGAUGACCAGAAAGAAGUGGACCUGCUAACAGUCAAGCGUAAAGAUGUGUUCAAUGUCAAAGAAGAGAUCCAGGAUGAGGAGGACGCAGAUGCUGAUGCCAAGAAUAGGAAACAAAAGGAGUCCAAGUUCAAAGAUGCCAAGAAAAUACAGAAGAGAAACCUCAAGGUUAACACCAAGAAGGUCUUCACUGAAGACGGAAAGGUGGUGCAGCAGUGGCCUCCUCUGCAAAGGACUAUGGUACCAGAUGAGGAGGAGGAUGUGGAGACGUCUGGCAUCAAUGUAGAAGCAGCCAAAGAGCAGCUCCGCAGAGAAGACCAGGCAUUCGACAAGAUGGAGUACCGUCGUAAAAUCAAGGAGAAACACAGGGAGAAAAGACUGAAGGAGAAAGCAGCUCGAAGGGAAGCAAGCAAACAGCAUAAAGAGGAGAAAAGGAAAGCUGAUGGUGAUGACGAUGAAAAUGAUGAUGACGAGGAUGAGGAGGAGGUGGUAGCAUAUCUGUCAGGUGCUGAUGAAGAAUUUGACCCCAGCACUCUUCCUGACCCGGACAAAGUGCGCAACUCUGAGUCCUCUGAGGAAUAUGGCGAGUCAUCAGAUGCUGGUGGCAAAAAGAGAAGCUUCAGCAGCGACAGCAGUGAGGAUGAAGAUGAUGAUGAUGAAGAAAAGACAACACAGAAAAGCAGAAAGAAGCCCAGGACAGAGCCCACAGUCACGGCUCUGGACACUGGCCUCUCGUUGGCUGAAGACGAGGAGCUUGUGCUGCAUUUACUUUCUAGUCACAGCUAGAUCCCUUUUCACACUUUCCCCACCGCAGUUUAUAAUUAUUCCUCCUGCUUGUAUAAGUUUAAACUUUCCUGUUACUAAUAAAAAUGACUCUUUUGAUGCCACAUUUUAAGAGUCAUUGCCGCAUAA